GGAUUGAAUCAGGGCAUGAGACCAAACCAAACCAAACGCCUCUCCCUCUCUCUCUCUCUCUCGCUCUCUCUUUAAGCAACGAAAGAUCUCUUAGGCGUUUCAAAUUUUGAAAUCCCCUCAAUCGCGACACCGGCACACAAGGCUAGGGUUUCGUCGAUCCCUCUGCGACCUCAAUUCUACUGCGAUUUUGUUCUCGUCGAUGGCCGACGACGCUGUACAUCCGGCUCCGCCGUCUUCGAAUGCUGCUCCACUAGGUCACUAUGUGAUCCCGAUCGUCAAUAAGCUUCAGGACAUCUUUGCGCAGCUCGGAAGCCAGUCGACGAUCGACCUCCCGCAGGUGGCCGUCGUCGGCAGCCAGAGCAGCGGCAAAUCGAGCGUCCUCGAGGCGCUGGUCGGCCGCGAUUUUCUGCCCAGGGGUUCCGACGUCUGCACGCGGCGCCCGUUGGUGCUUCAGCUGUUGCAGACCAAGCGGAAGCCAGAUGGCACGGAGGAGGAGUACGGGGAGUUCUUGCACGUGCCUGGGAAGAGAUUUUACGACUUCCACGAAAUCCGGAGGGAGAUUCAGGCCGAGACAGAGAGAGAAGCAGGAGGAAACAAAGGUGUUUCUGACAAGCAGAUUCGUUUGAAGAUUUUUUCACCAAAUGUUCUUGAUAUUACACUGGUGGAUUUGCCUGGUAUUACAAAGGUUCCUGUUGGAGACCAGCCUUCUGACAUUGAAGCACGGAUUAGAACAAUGAUAAUGUCAUAUAUUAAAGUACCAAGCUGCUUAAUUUUAGCUGUUACACCAGCAAAUGCUGACUUAGCAAAUUCGGAUGCUCUCCAGAUAGCUGGAAAUGCUGAUCCUGAUGGUUAUCGAACCAUUGGUGUAAUCACAAAGUUGGAUAUUAUGGACCGAGGUACAGAUGCCCGCAAUUUUUUGCUUGGAAAAGUGAUUCCUCUCCGGCUUGGUUAUGUAGGCGUUGUGAAUCGUAGUCAGGAGGACAUCAUGCUCAACCGGAGUAUUAAGGAUGCACUUGCUGCAGAGGAGAAGUUUUUCCGCAGUCGUCCAGUGUAUAGUGAUCUUGCUGACCGCUGUGGCGUCCCCCAGUUGGCAAAGAAGUUGAACCAGAUUUUGGUACAACACAUCAAGACACUGCUUCCUGGGUUGAAGUCACGCAUAAGUGCUGCACUGGUAUCUGUUGCAAAAGAGCAUGCUAGCUAUGGAGAAAUCACUGAAUCAAAGGCUGGCAUGGGGGCUCUUCUUCUGAACAUUCUAUCCAAGUACUCUGAAGCAUUUUCUUCAAUGAUAGAGGGGAAAAAUGAAGAAAUGUCAACAUCUGAGCUGUCUGGUGGUGCAAGGAUUCAUUAUAUUUUCCAGUCAAUUUUUGUGAAGAGUUUGGAGGAGGUGGAUCCUUGUGAGGAUUUAACUGAUGAUGACAUCCGGACUGCCAUUCAAAAUGCAACUGGUCCUAGAUCUGCUUUAUUUGUACCAGAGGUUCCAUUUGAAGUUCUUAUCAGAAGGCAAAUAGCUCGUCUCUUAGACCCAAGCCUUCAAUGUGCUAGGUUUAUCUAUGAUGAGCUUAUUAAAAUGAGCCAUCAUUGUAUGGUCAAUGAAUUACAGCGAUUCCCUGUAUUGAGAAAACGUAUGGAUGAGGUUACUGGGAACUUUUUGCGAGAAGGCCUCGAGCCCUCUGAGACAAUGAUUGGACACAUUAUUGAAAUGGAGAUGGAUUACAUAAACACUUCACACUCAAAUUUUGUUGGUGGGAGUAAAGCUGUUGAGAUGGCAUUGCAACAGAUCAAGUCAAGUAGGGUAGCUGCAUCUGUUCCUAGGUCAAAGGAAACACUGGAUGCUGAAAAGCCACCAACAUCUGAAAGAAGUCUUAAGUCUCGUGCUAUUCUUGCCAGAACAACCAAUGGAAUUGUCCCUGAGCAGGGUGUUCGUCCACCUCCAGAUACUGAGAAAACCACAGCAUCUGGGCUUUCAUCUAGUUCAAUUUGGGGGAUUUCAUCAAUUUUUGGUGGUAAUGAUAAUCGCCCGUCUGUCAAAGAGAACUCAAUAAACAAGUCAUUUAAUGAACCUAUUCAAACUAUGGAGCACGCAUUCUCUGUUAUACAUUUGAGAGAGCCACCGACCAUCUUGAGGCCCUUAGAGAGUCGUUCAGAACAGGAAGCUAUCGAAAUAGAAGUGACAAAACUGCUCCUGAGGUCAUAUUAUGACAUUGUUAGAAAAAAUAUUGAGGAUUCUGUUCCUAAAGCAAUCAUGCACUUCCUGGUAAAUCACACAAAAAGAGAGCUGCACAAUGUCUUCAUUAAAAAGCUUUACAGAGACAACCUCUUUGAGGAGAUGUUGCAGGAACCUGAUGAGGUGGCAACAAAGAGAAAGCGUACCCGGGAGACGCUACGUGUUCUUCAGCAGGCUUUCCGGACGUUGGAUGAAUUGCCUCUGGAAGCUGAGACUGUUGAAAGGGGUUAUAGCCUCCAUAACGAUCCAACAGGCUUGCCAAAGAUCUAUGGUCUGCCAGCAUCAUCUCUCUAUUCAACAAGCACCACUUCAACCGAGUCCUAUGGGGCUUCAAGAAACCCCAAGUCCCGUAGCAAGUCAUCCCACUCCGGGGAGCUCCAGUCGUCUUUAUAUGCUGCCGAAUCUAAUGGAGGUGGCAGGAAUUCUAUUCCUGGUUUUUACCCUACAGUCGAUUUGUAAACUUGUGGAAGCAAAAGCAUGGGACUGCACCUGCACUUCCUGUGUUUAUAUCAAAGGGGGGGUCUUGUUGUUACGUCAUAUUUUACAUAUUUGGAUUAUCUAAGGUUGGGUUGGGCUCAUUGAGAUGAGAGCGGGUGUAUUUUUUUCCCGCGUGCCAAAUGUUAGGGCAUUGUCUUGACUGGCACGCGUUUAGCUUUCUAUCUUCAGCUAUAAGUUUAGAUCAUAAAUUCAUUAUUUCAUAAAGCUGCGAGAGGAAAAACAGGAGCAGUUGAUUUCUUUAAUUCCUGUAUAGUAACGACAGCAUGAAAUUCUGGUGCUGCUGUAAUUAUUAGGUGGUUCUUGUUCGGGUUGGAAGACCAUUCGAGUGAAUUUUGGUUCUUAAUUUAGUUCA